GAGAACUUCAUGACCCAGUUUGGUAUAUACGUCGAUGCAAACACCAACGCAUCCAUCACCGCGGGGGUUUCCAUGACAACCACGUCAACGCUUGCGGAUAUAUUGGGCAGUGUGUACAAUGUUGGGGUGGCCUUAUUAAUUGUUGCCAUGAAAAAUGAUGUAUCGUCUGGCGACGCCGGGUUUAUGCUUACCAAUGCCGCCUUUUCUGCACUCACGGGUAUGUAG